AUGAGCAGCGCGUUCCAGGAAGAAGAGCAGACGAUGCAUGCGGAGGAGCACGAGCUGCAAGGACCUCGUCUGGUCGACAUCCUCGAGCAAGCCGGAAUCAAUGCUUCGGACGUGAACAAACUCAAGGAAGCUGGCAUGCACACGGUAGAUGCUGUGGCUAUGGUUACAAAGAAACAGCUUGUAGCUAUCAAGGGAAUCAGUGAAGUCAAGGCCGAGAAGAUGCUCAAAGCAGCAAGGGAGAUGGUGAAUGUGGGCUUUACGACGGCGGCAGAUGUGCUGGAAAGCAGAAAGGAUUUAAUUACAUUGUCUACGGGUUCUAAUGCAGUUGACGAGCUGUUGAAAGGGGGUGUUGAAACGGGAUCGAUCACAGAGAUAUUUGGCGAGUUCCGGACAGGCAAGACGCAGCUAUGUCAUCAACUUUGUGUGACUUGCCAAUUGCCGGUGGACCGUGGUGGUGGGGAAGGCAAAGCGCUGUUUAUCGACACAGAAGGCACUUUUCGUCCUCAACGAUUGCAGGCUAUUGCAGAGAGAUACGGUCUUGAUGGUGACAGUGUGCUGAACAAUGUGGCGUUCGCUCGGGCAUACAACUCGGAGCAUCAGAUGCAGCUGCUGGUCCAAGCGUCGGCUAUGAUGGCCGAGUCACGAUUUGCGCUCGUGAUUGUCGAUAGCGCGACAGCACUGUUUCGAACCGAUUACUCGGGCCGUGGAGAGCUAGCAGCUCGACAGCAAGAACUGGCGAAGUUCCUUCGUGCUCUUACGCGAAUGGCCGACGAGUUUGGUGUUGCAGUCGUGAUCACAAACCAGAUGACUGCAAAUCCGGACUCCGGUAUGUUUGCAAAGGAUCCGCUGCAGCCUAUUGGUGGCAACAUCAUGGCUCAUGCGUCCUGUACUAGACUUCGUCUGAGGAAGGGCCGCGGUGAGAAUCGUGUCAUGAAGGUUGUUGAUUCGCCUAUCUUGCCAGAGUCGGAGGCUAUCUAUUCUAUCACGGAGCAGGGAAUUCAGGAUGAGCUAAACUAG